AUGAAGGUAAACAGUGGAAUCGCCAGCUCCCGACGCAAGUCGAGGAAGUCGCACUUCAGCGCCCCCUCCAGCGUGCGCCGCAACAUCAUGAGCGCGCCGCUGUCCAAGGAGCUGCGUGAGAAGUACAAUGUUCGCAGCAUUCCCAUCCGCAAGGACGACGAGGUCACCAUUGUCCGUGGUGGCCAGAAGGGCCGCGAGGGCAAGGUCACCUCCGUCUACCGUCUCAAAUAUGUCAUUCACAUUGAGCGUGUUUCCCGUGAGAAGGUCUCGGGCCAGUCCGUCCCCCUCGGCAUCCACCCCAGCAACGUCGUCAUCACCAAGCUCAAGAUCGACAAGGAUCGCGAGAGCAUCCUGGAGCGCAUCAAGGUCGGCCGCGAGCUCCGAUCCAAGGGAAAGGCCAAGGCUUAA